CUCUCGAACACUACCCCCUGCCUGCAGAGGAAGUGUGUCGUGGACACCCACAGGCCUGGCAGUGUGAUGACGGGAAGUGUAUUUCUGUUAGAUGGCGCAGGGGACUGCCUGGACGGCUCUGAUGAGGUUAACUGUGAGGUCUCCAUCACAUGCCCUGGCCAGAAAGCCCAGUGUCCGGGACAUUCUCAGUGUCGCGAGGCUUGGGAACUCUGUGACGUCCAUGGGGACUGUGGAGAUGGGCUCAAUGAAGCACGCUGCUCCCCGAACUGCUGUCUGGAGGGCCAGUGGCAGUGCAGGAACCAGGUGUAUGUUGUGGAUAGCUGGAGGUGCGACGGGGUCAAUGACUGCGGGGACUCCUCGGACGAGGACGCCUGUGCCUCCUGUCCAGAAGGCACGGUUAGAUGUGAUGAAGGGAAAUGCAUCCUGGAAUCCCUGAUGUGUGAUGGGGAGGCAGACCGCGCAGAUGGUGCUGAUGAACCUACUACAUGUGGGAAGAACGGCUCCCUGGCCAAUGGGGGCUGUGAGAGGCAUUGCAGUGAUACCAGCUGGGGAGUCCAGUGUUCGUGUGGAGCUGGGUGGCAGUUACAGCCGGACGGGCAGAGCUGUGCAGGUCACCAGCUCUACAAUAGUACCAGUUGUCGAGUUACAGGUGAGUUUCGCAACCCUAAGCAAAGCCUAGCCCUUGCUCUGUCCUUAGCGGUAAUUAUAGAUAGAAGUGCUAUUGAUGAUUCACUUUAG